AUGAGGUUUGAUUGGCCUCAGGAGGCUCCGCUGGACUUCUUCCCUCAGGUUGGACAUAUACAUGCUGGCUGCACCAAGGACGUGACGCUCUCCAUGAAGUCUGAUGUGGCCGUGGUGCUGGACAAGUCUCCGGUGAAGUGCAGAGUGUGGAGGAUCUCAUUUCCACUUCCUGUGGAUCAGGUGCCAGACUGGGAUGACAGAAUGAGGACCGUUAAGUGGGUAGACGGCAGAAAAGGAGUGCAGCGCCCCACCAAGAAGAAGGUGAUAGAGACAGAUCCGGAGCCGGAACACACACUUCUGGAUGAUGGGUCUCACCAGGUGGAGCUGUUAGUGAGCGCUGCUGUGGACUAUGCUCAGUACAAGGCCAAUUCUGAAGACAUCCAUUUCCGGGAUACCCUCUUGUAU